CCGCUUUUUCCCCGCCGCCGCAGCCGCCCCCGUCCCGGUGCAGCCCUGCGGAGCACGGCGCCGCGGCGCCCCGCCGCCGGCCAUGGCCGUGCCCGCCGCGCUGCUCAGCCCGCACCACCUCCUCUCCUUCUGCUUCCCCGCCGGCGGCCUGCUGGGCUAUGCCGACCUGGAGAAGGGCUAUGAGGGAGGAGGAGGAGGAGGAGGAGGCGGCGGCGGCGAGGCGGGGGACUUUAAGGAAGCCACCCGGGAGCUGCUGAGCUUCAUCGACUCUGCCUCCAGCAACAUCAAGCUGGCGCUGGACAAGCCGGUGAAAUCCAAGCGGAAGGUGAACCACAGGAAAUACCUGCAGAAACAGAUCAAGCGCUGCACCGGCGGGAGGCGGGCCGCGGAAGGUUCCGCUGCGGGACCGCAACCUGCCGCCCUCCUUCUUCACCGAGCCGGGCGCCAAGGAGACGGAGAAGGGAGGCGGGGCGGAGGCGGCGGAGUUCUUCGAGCUGCUGGGCCCCGAGUACGGCGCGCUGCUGCCCGAGCACGCGGCCCCACCGCAGGACGCCUUCCCCGCCGCCCGCCCGCCCGCCGAGCUGGGGCUGGAGCACGGGCUGUACGAGGCCGCGCCGCUGCCCGCCGCCCCGCACCCGCUGCUGGGCGGGCUGCUGUACCCCGAGCCGCCCUGGAGCCCGCCCGGGCCCUGCAGCCCCGCCAAGAAGCCGCCGCCCGAGGCGCUGCGCCCGCUGUACCCGGAGCCGGCCGCCGGCGGCGACGCCUUCGGGCCCUUCUUCCCCGAGUGCCCCCUGCCCCCCCCGCAGCUGCCCUACGAGUACAGCGGCGGCUUCCACCGGGCGGCCUACACCGGGCUGUAGGGCGGGGCCGGCCCCGGGCCGCGGGCAUCUCCGCGUGGGACGAAGGAAGGAGGGAAGGAGCGGCACGGCCCGGCCGGCGCGGGGCGGCUGAGGGCGCGGGGCUGCGGCGAGGCCCGGGGGCCCUCGGGGCGGCGAGGAGAGCUGGGCUCGCCCGCCUCGGCAGGUGCGGGGCUGGCGGACCCCCAGAAGCGGCCCCGGCUCCCGCUGGAAGGGCACCGGCGUUCGGGAUGUCUCCGUGCUCCUCCUUCAGCCCGGGAGACGCUGCGUUGCGCCAAUAAAACUGAACCGUUCGAGGCCUUCAGGUGUUUUUCUAGCGAGCGUUAGCGUGCGGUAGGGCUGCGUGUUAGUAGGCGGACGGGACGCGACGGACGCGUCCGACGUGACACCGCGACGGGGGCCGCGCUGAGAGGCGGCCGCGACCGCUUGUAAACGAUUUCGGUUUGGAAGUAAAACUCGAGUCAACCUCUGUGGUGUGUUUCACGUCAUUCCCAGCCCCGCUGGAUUUGCAGCUGAGAACACAAAAGGGGAGUGAAAACGAAGCGAAAGUAAACGAACACAUACGCUGCUGCCAAAUCUGGGCUGUCCUGAAAUCUAACGGUGUCUUGCAGGAUCUUGCGAACAGAAUUUAUGUGACAGCGUCGGCUCUGGACAGAAGCGUACCACGGCUAUGCCAUCCCUGCAGACGGUUGGAUGUCUUUCAGGAAUGUGUCAAAGCUCGGAAAGCAACGCGGCUCGCUCUCAUUGUGUACAGGAGAUUAUUUGAUAAUCGUUUAAGUUAUGUAAAAGAGUCUAUGAUAGGUCCUGUAAAAAUAAAGCUACGCAGUAGAUCUAAGA